GUCGGAUCCACCAGAGACCUGAUAAUGACAUGUUCCUCUUCUAUGCAAGCUCUCUUGCGUUUAAACCCAGAUAUAAACCCAUAAUAUUGACGCUUCUGCUCACACACUCGAUGACUACCUUCAACUGUCUUUACCAGUAGGGCUGGCUCCGUUUAAAAAAUGGUCGUCUCAAACCUCGCUGUCGUCCGAGAAGCGUGGUUUCAAAAGCAAGCCCUAGUGGAGGACCUCUUUCAGCGCGGCGAGCUCCAGCCCGUGCUGUUGCAUCAUGCCUUUCUCUUAACCAUUCCACCAUUUGUGGCCGCCAUGAUUCCGUCACACUCAGUUCCGUGCAUACGGAAAAUACGGCUCCUCGCAUAUCUUUGGACAGUUGGGACGGGAUUCUGGAUUCUGCGAAACUGUCGGGCCUCAUACUUUGCAAAUGGCUUUUGGCUUGGAUUGAUGGUGGCGUCUUUUGCUUGUCGUUGGGCGUCUCUAUUGGUUUUCCGAGAUGUAGAGACGGACUUUCGGCGAAUCGAGCGUCAUACCAGUGGCUCUCGGGACAAGGAGCCCAACAAAAAGGGAAACGAUCGUGAGUCGGAGGGGAGUCCCAAAGUUGCGCACCAGAGAGAACGCGAGGUUUACCAGUGGCAAGGAUAUCCUCAAAAUUUCUGGCAUCGGGUUAGCUGGAUCUUCUGCCUCUCUUUCAGCCAUCGAGGCAGCGCCUGGAACUGGCGCAGUAAGCCCUCUCCGCCGCUCCCAAAGCCCCUGCUUGAGCAUCUUGCAAAACACCCAGAUGAUCCCAUGGAUAUCGGGGAUGUACCGUUCCAGCCCGCCAGUGUCUUUUCUGCUUUUGGGGUAGUUUGUAAAGCCUACAUUCGAUUCCGCCUCUUCAAGCUGGUGGCAAUGGGUGAUCCUUACUUCUGGGGCGAGAUCAACUCUGACAUGCCCCUUCCGGGGACCUCCGUCGCGCUUCCUGCGACUUCGACUCUCGUCCGUGGCUAUCGCACCUUCCUAUGCACAUUUGCUGCCCACACUGCGAUGACUUUCGUGCAUGCUAUUGUCUGUUUCUACAUUAUACUGUUGGCGUAUAUCUCCCCGAAGCUCUCAACCCUUCUACUCCGCCAACCAGCCGAUCAAGCCUGGCUCUACCCCAGUCUCUUUGGGCCCUUCUCGGCAGUCUUUGACCGGGGUCUCGCCGGGAUGUGGGGAACGUGGUGGCACCAGUACUACCGGUUCGAUUUCCUGUCAUGCUCAAAAUGGGUCAUGCAGUUCCUUCCGCCCCUGGUCAUAAGGUCCAGGGUAGCUCACGGCCUCGUGCAAACAGUGAUAGGGUUCGCUGUUUCGGGACUCGACCAUGGGCUGGGGAGUUACACGGCUAUCGCUGACACAAGGCCACUGACAGGGACGGCCUUGUUCUACGGGCUACAUGCGGUGGGGGUUAUCGUCCAGGGGCUUUGGAGUACCUUCGUUGCUUGGAGGCUGCCGUUUUAUCGGCACAUACCGCCGAGGCUCCUCGGAUGGGCGAACGUCGUUGUCGCCCUGGGGUAUUUCCAUCUUACGGCUCCGUUGAUGCUUGAUGAUUACGCUCGCUGUGGGAUUUGGCUGACGGAGCUGGGUCCUCUUAGCAUUCGGUGGAAUGCAUUGCUAUCGGGUGGCGAUACAUGGUUUGAUUGGGAUUCGAAUGUGGUGCAAGUGUGGCGGGGGGAAAGCUGGUGGACUAGUGGGAUCCGGAUCUUGUGAAGGGAGUAUGGUAUUUUACUGUGUUUUGUUUUAUUGCGACAUGUCUU